UGGAGUCCGCAUGGGGCUCGGUGAAGUUGAAAGCCCAGAGCUUUUUGCUGUUUUGUUUAAGACCUGGUUAUGGUUGUGGGAUUUUUUUUUUUUUUUUUUUUUUUUUUUUUGUCAGCUGCCUGUUAUAUCAAUCACGGAGUCGGGAUCUAUUAUAGGUUGGGAGUACUGUGUCCUUAGUCACAAAGAGACACAGACAGGGGACUGUCAGCUGUGCCGGAGGAGCUGAGCACCGAGUCAUCAGCAAGUGGAAACACCUGAGGGGUAGACCGCUCCCCGCCAGCCCCUGUCCUCCGCCCGGCCCCAAGCAUGCUGCUGAACAGAAUGUCCGCGGACGACCGGCACCUGGGCUCCAGCUGCGGCUCCUUCAUCAAGACAGAGCCGUCCAGCCCGUCCUCGGGCAUCGACGCCCUCAGCCACCACAGCCCCAGCGGCUCGUCCGACGCCAGCGGGGGCUUCGGCCUGGCCCUGGGCGCCCACGCCAACGGUCUGGACUCGCCGCCCAUGUUCGCAGGCGCCGGGCUGGGCGGCACCCCGUGCCGCAAGAGCUACGAGGACUGUGCCAGCGGCCUCAUGGAGGACUCGGCCAUCAAGUGCGAGUACAUGCUCAACGCCAUCCCCAAGCGCCUGUGCCUCGUGUGCGGGGACAUUGCCUCCGGCUACCACUACGGCGUGGCCUCCUGCGAGGCCUGCAAGGCCUUCUUCAAGAGGACCAUCCAAGGAAACAUCGAGUACAGCUGCCCGGCCACCAAUGAGUGUGAGAUCACGAAACGGAGGCGCAAGUCCUGCCAGGCCUGCCGCUUCAUGAAAUGCCUCAAAGUGGGGAUGCUGAAGGAAGGUGUGCGCCUUGACCGAGUGCGUGGAGGCCGCCAGAAAUACAAGCGACGGCUGGACUCUGAGAGCAGCCCGUACCUGAGCUUACAGAUUUCUCCACCCGCUAAAAAGCCAUUGACCAAGAUUGUCUCCUACCUGCUGGUGGCCGAGCCGGACAAGCUCUAUGCCAUGCCUCCCCCUGGCAUGCCGGAGGGCGACAUCAAGGCCCUGACCACUCUCUGUGACCUGGCAGACAGGGAGCUCGUGGUCAUCAUUGGCUGGGCCAAGCACAUCCCAGGCUUCUCGAACCUCUCUCUCGGGGACCAGAUGAGCCUGCUGCAGAGCGCCUGGAUGGAGAUCCUCAUCCUGGGCAUCGUGUACCGCUCGCUGCCCUACGAGGACAAGCUGGUGUAUGCUGAGGACUACAUCAUGGACGAGGAACACUCCCGCCUCGCGGGGCUGCUGGAGCUCUACCGGGCCAUCCUGCAGCUGGUGCGCAGGUACAAGAAGCUCAAGGUGGAGAAGGAGGAGUUUGUGACACUCAAGGCCCUGGCUCUGGCCAACUCAGAUUCCAUGUACAUCGAGGAUCUGGAGGCAGUGCAGAAGCUCCAGGACCUGCUGCACGAGGCUCUGCAGGACUACGAGCUGAGCCAGCGCCACGAGGAGCCGCGGAGGACGGGCAAGCUGCUGCUGACGCUGCCCCUGCUGCGGCAGACGGCUGCCAAGGCCGUGCAGCACUUCUACAGCAUCAAACUGCAGGGCAAGGUGCCCAUGCACAAACUCUUCCUGGAGAUGCUGGAGGCCAAGGUCUGAUGGCCCGGCACAUGGACCGACUCCCACCCGCGGACAGACCGACCGACCCGACGCGGAGACCUCCACAGCCACCAGCCUCGACCUUCAAGCCCUGUAUCAUGGCCACGAGCAGUCCCCGAGGAAGGGGCUUCUCGCCUCCCGGCUGCGUGCAGAGUCCUGGGUGCAGCGGGGCCGGGGAACAGGGAUGGGAGGGCAGGGCGUGGGCUCACCUGUGACUGGCUUUUCCUCUGGUAUGUUUUUCCUUCUCCACGGGCAGUGCUGACGCCCGGGCCCAGGGCUGACUCCCUUGAGACUAGAGACCGUGGAGGAAGCCCCGUCUUUCCCACCAAACCACCAAGAGACAGCAGCGUAUUUCCUACCCCCCCACCCCCCCUCCCCACCUCGUGGACUGGGCGGCCGGUGCUCAGUGCCUAGGAGUCCCCCGGCCCAGGCUAGGUGCCACCUGGAAGUUUUCCCUCCCCAGACGGCAGGUGCUUUCUUCCAGAGGCUCCGCCUACUCUGAGGUUCUCUGGGGCCCCUCAGGAGGCUGCGUACCUUCCCCGGUCCAGACCCAGACGGCUCCCACCCUCCGUCCUUCCUCUCAGUUUGGCACACUCCGCUCCCGUUAGGGACUCGCCGUGGAGGGAGCAGCUGGCAGAGCUCGUGCGUUUUCCCGGGCACACGCCCUUGGGUGCUCCCACCUGCCUGUCCCCGCUGUGCUGGGGCCCACCUGCCCUCCUCCCCUCCUGUCCCGGGAAAUCCCUGCUACUUCCUGCCCCUACCUCAGAGCUCACUCAGUGGGUUCAGCCAGCCAAGGUGACUUCCGGGUCCACAGCUGGGAACCGCACUGGCUCAGAAAAGAGCAGGGUCCAGGCGAUACUCCCCAGAGCUCCUGCUUCUUGCCUGCUUCUCACCUCCCGCCCUUUCAGCCUUCAGGGCAGAUCUGGAGCAGGUGGGCCUGUGGCAAGGCAGGGAGUGUAGGGACCUGGCCCCAUCUGAGGGCACCCUGGGCACUGAUUUCAGGCUGGCGGUCCUGGGAGGAUUGGGGCAAGAUGGGGGAGGCUCGAACCAAUCUUUGCCGAACACAGAAAGGCCUAGAAGUAAGCAGGCAGGGGAUCCCCAAAGACAGGGAGCUCAGGGGAGGUUGCCAGCCUGCUACGUCCUGGCUUCUGGGGACGUGGACACCAGGACUCCCCGUUCCCUGCAUUCCAAAGGGUUGGGCGAAUCAGUGCCACAGGAGGGGUGCUCCUGUCACCCUGGACUAAGGUGCGACGUAGGUCCCUGGGGACACUGAGAAGGCCCAGCUCUCUGGCGGGAGCCCCCGGUCUUCCUGGCUGCUGUGUAGGAGCCCCCGGUUUUCCUGGCUGCUGUGUAGACUGACCAACCACCCUGGUUGGCCCUGAACAUUCCUGGUGUUAGCACUGAAGGCCGUGUCCUGGGAAACCCUUCAGUCCCAGGCAGAUGGGGACGGUCUGUCUUCUGAUUUCUGUGGGUGGCCUCAAAAGUCGGUUGUAACCCGCUCAGGGCAGCCCUGAGCACCUCGUGUGGUUGCACACGGGUUAGCGGGUGGCUGCUCAGACGAUCCCCCAGGGAUGGAGUGGGGGGGGGAGGGUUCAGUGUGAUGGGAAAAGCCCCUCCUACGCAGCUGCCUUGUGAAGCAGGGUUCGGGGCAGCCCUACCGGGGACACUUGUGGGGAACGCACACGUGCACAGGCAGGCGGGGCGGC